AUGAGGCGGGAUGCGGGAAGCAGGUACCGCGACAGCUCGGCCGAGUUUGCUCGGUCGCUUGAGACGCGCUUUGAGACGCUGAUUUGGCCAGCCACCCAGAAAUGGGUUUACACGGAGCACAAUGAGCCGGAUAUUCGCGUAGUUGGUGGAACAUUCAACCUGGCUGAAUGCAGGGCAGUUGCAGAGCGACUGUUCGUCCAGUUUGGCGUGGUUGAGGAGAUUCAGCUUGGAUUCGAGCACGAAUUCGAGUUCGAGAAGAAGGAGAAGAAGGAGAAGAAGGAGAGGCUGGUUGGACGUGAGUAA